UCAUUAGAAGUUUGAGAAAAUAAUAACUUGCAAAAACAAUGGAUGCAGGACUACAACCAACUAGUGCAUCCACCAAAGGUGGCUGGAUCACCUUUCCUUUCCUCAUAGCAACUAUGGGGUGUUUGACAAUAGCCGCGGGAGGAUGGACGAGCAAUCUUAUCGUGUAUCUAAUCAACGAGUUUAACGUGAAAAACAUCGAUGCUGCUCAAAUUGCAACCAUUGUCAAUGGUUGCAUGACCUUGUUCCCAAUUAUAGGGGCCAUACUAGCUGAUUCAUUUUUUGGGUCAUAUUUAGUCAUUUUGAUUUCUUCAUUUGUAUCUUUAUUGGGCAUACUACUACUAACCUCAACUUCAAUGCUCAAUUCAUUAAGGCCCACACCAUGUGAUCAUAAUGGGUCGGGCCUUUGCAUUGGCCCAUCAAAAGCUCAACUCGCGAUCUUGUACACGAGUCUGGCUCUUCCUUGUAUUGGGGUGGCGGGCACACGGUUCACGUUAGCUACAAUGGGUGCGGAUCAAUUUGACAACCCAAAGCACCAAGGGGUUUUCUUUAAUUGGUUCUUUUGUACCAUGUACAUUGGGACACUAGUUAGUGUUGUGGGGAUAGUUUAUAUCGAAGACAACGUGAGUUGGGUGUUAGGAUACUCUUUAAGUGUCGCGGCUAACCUUGUUGGGUUAGCCGUUUUUAUGUUGGGUAGACGUUAUUAUAGACUACUAAAGCCACAAGGCAGCCCGUUUACCGGGCUGGCUUGUGUUUUAGUGGCAGCUUUCCGGAAAAGGAAAGUUUCUUUGUCAUUAAAGAGUGAAGAUUAUUGUCAAAAGCCAGAGCUUGGAGAAACAAAGUUUAUGGGAGUAACUCCAACAAACAGCUUCAAGUUCCUGAAUCAUGCAGCUCUAGUGACAGAAGGUGACACCAACUCAGAUGGCUCAAUCAAGAAACCAUGGAAUCUAUGCACAUUGCAACAAGUAGAAGAUCUUAAAUCCAUUAUCCGAAUUUCUCCCAUUUGGACAACUGGUAUACUCUUGCACACCCCUAUAGCUUGCCAAAUGAGCCUAAUUGUCCUCCAAGCUCUAGCCAUGGACCGCCAUAUGGGACCACACUUCCAAUUAUCAGCCGGGACUAUGAUGGUCUUCGUUAUGAUCUCCACUUCCCUUUCUCUAGCCAUAAUCGACCGCUUCCUUCUUCCCACAUUCCAAAAACUAACUGGCACUUUACCCACACCUCUAAGACGAAUAGGAGUCGGUCAUGCUCUCACCGUUGCAAGCAUGGCCAUCUCGGCCCUGGUUGAGUCAAAACGGCUCUCAACGGCUAGAACUCACAACCUUAGUGGCAACUCAGUUGUGCCAAUGUCAGCAUUUUGGAUGGUUCCACAAUUAGUAGUUGUAGGUGUUGGCGAAGCUUUUAUGUUCCCCGGUCAAGUGUCAUUAUAUUACCAAGAGUUUCCAAAGUCACUAAAGAGCACAGCAGCUGCAAUGGUGUCGAUGCUUAUUGGGAUAGCGUUUUAUUUGAGUAGUGCGGUGGUUGAUUUCAUACGCAAUACAACAGGAUGGUUGCCUGAUGGUAUUAAUGAUGGGAGAAUGGAUAAUGUAUAUUGGGCGUUCACUAUUGUUGGGUUGAUCAACUUCGGAUAUUUUCUGGUAUGCUCAUGGCUAUACAAGUACCAAAAUCUUGAAAAAGAGGAGCUCACUAACUCUAAUAACCCCUUCUAAGUGAUGUAAAUACACAUACACACGUAUAUUCC